AUGACAUCAACACAGCGGAAGACCCUCAAGCUAGAGGAGGUAACGCUGGAAGACAUCCCCGGCCUCACCCAAGUAUGGUUUGCAGCCUUCACAGACCCCGGCAUUCGACGAAUCUGGCCUGACACGCCAUCCGUCCGUAGCUGGUGGGACGACGCAAAUGGUCAUGACCUGACCCACAAACCGUUCCAACGCUACAUCAAAAUCGUCGAUCCAGACUCCAAUGACCAAUUUGGACGACCCCGUAUCGCGGCAUUUGCUAAAUGGGACACAUCGAUGCCCUGGGAGAGAGGCCGUCGAUACCCCCCCUGGACGGACGACCAGCCGGGCCAGGUCUGCGACGAGUUCAUCGCCAAGGAGGAGAACGAACGGCUCCGAGUCAUGGGCGAGCAGAAACAUUACUAUCUUGACACACUAGUCACACAUCCUGACUAUCAACGCUGUGGAGCUGGUUCCAUGCUCAUGAAAUGGGGUUGCGAUCUUGCUGAUGCUGACGGAGUUGCAGCCUAUGUUGAUGCUAGCAAAUCUGGAGCUGCGUUAUACGAGCGUUUUGGAUUUGUGGAUGAGAGCCUGCCUGAUUCUGGUGACGUUGCUUCAAUGGCGAGGCGGCGGUAA